GUAGCUCUACAAGCAAUGGCGGGAAAACCAGAGCCAUUAUUAGAGGGAAAAUCUCCCAAAUCUGAUUUCAAAACCCUCCCAAGAGAGAAGAAAAAAAGAAGAAGAAGAAAAUGACUCAAAUUGAAACCCUAGGUAUUCUUGAAGAGAUCCAAGCUAUCGUCUCCGAUAAACUUCAAGUCGUAUCCUACAAGUGGUUGAGUCGUAAUUUUCUGGUCUCAUCCAACGUUGCAAAGAGAUUGCUUGCUGAGUUUGUUGAGAAGCAUGGAAGUGGAUUAGAAGUUGUAUAUAGUUUGUCUGGCUGGUUGAAGAACUCUCCAUCAAACUAUCAUAUUCAGCUUGUAACAAGACAUAAACUUUCAGAAGCCAAGCAAGAAUAUGAUGGCAAUUGCAGAGCUGAUGUCUACAGUGUGCAAGUUUGCAUCCCAGAGGACCCAGCUGCAAUUUGGAAUACUGAAUUUCUACAAGCUGAAGAGCUCUUCAAGCAGCCUGCCCCAGUGGAGAAUUGCUUGAGAGAUAAUAGGUUCUGCGGGAUUUCAGCUUCAUUUGUCAAGCGCAAUGUUGAUGGAACUCCCGCAAGGGUUGCUGCUGCACAACCAAAUAAUGCGGGAAUCUCAGGACCAUCCAAACAGAAUUCUUCUCAAACCAACGCAGCUUUACCAUCUCAACAAAAUAAAGUUCUGCAAUCAAGCUCAAAAGUUGCUCAGCAUACUCCCAUUAUGGUAAAAGAUGUCAAAAGUGAUGGUAUUGGUGAAGUCCAUAAUCUGGCCGUCAAGCCUUCUACUGAUAAAAAGAAAACUACCUCCUUGCCUUCUAAUAAAAACAAAGAUCAGAAUGGUAAAAGUUCCACUGGAAAUGGAGGUUCGUUAGUAACUUUAUUGGGUCGUGCGUGUACAAAACCAAAGUGCAGUUCUGUGCCAGAAGUUGGUAGCGAUUCCAUCCAAAAUUUCAAUGGUACUGUGGAUGCACAAAUUUGUGCUCGUGAAGCAGUAGAAGACGAGAACAGUGACCUUGACGCUUAUGAGGUUAAUUUCAGGAGAGCUUCUUAUGGUGAAGGCAAUAAGAAGCGGAGGGUAGUUUUUGAUUUCUCAGAUGAAGAUGAGAAUGAAGAUGCUGUCAAUCUAGCUUCACCUGAUCUCCCUAAAAGGAAAUCACUUUUAGGUUCAGAACAAGAUUCUAAAACUUUGGUUUCAGAGAGGCCCAAUUCAAUUGUAGACAAGCCAAACAAGGAUGAAGUGAAUAUUAAGGAAGAGACAAUGACUGAUGGAGAACCCAAUAGAUCGUUGAGGGAAGAAACUUCACUUGUCAGCAAACGCACAAAUGGUAGAAAUUCUGUGGUUAAGCUUGAGAGCCAGCUUCCUGAAACUGCUCCAAAUAAGAUGGAUGAAGUGACUGAUGCUGCACCCAAUUCACCUAAAAGGAGGAAGGUGAUAAAAACACAUAUCGAUGACCAUGGAAGAGAAGUAAAUGAGGUAGUUUGGGAAGGCGAGGAGACAGAGGUGAAGAAAGUUGAAAAUCAUAUGCCGAAGAAAGUUGGAAGUGGAACAACCAAUGCUGAAGCCAAUACUGUUACAAAUACCACUAACAGGUUAUGGCCUACUGCACCCAAAAGGUCUGCUGUAGGAAGCACUGCACCAUCUAAUCCUGGAGGCAAAGCCGGAAACAAGAAGGCUGGAAAUGCAAAGGAUCCUAAGCAAGGCAACAUUCUGUCUUUCUUUAAAAAGGCUUGAUCACAGUGAAACCAGCAAGCAACUGAGCUGGAAAUGCAUUUUCGCGUAUAUUUUAAUGUAUUAUUAUGAAUAUGUAUACUGCAUGUUCAUGCAGGAUAGUCUGAUAGAAGGCUUCCAUAUAUGAGGGAUUUAACAUGACUAAACGCUGUUUAAUUCUAUUUCUUUACCUUUUGGAAUGAAGAGCAGUGCCUUAAAGAAUUCUUUUUA